UCAGUCGAUUCUAGGCAAUAUAACAAUGCGCGCGUUAAUAGUAUUUGCGUUUAUUAUAAGCGAGGUCAAAAUAUACGCAUCAAUAUGUGAUCUCUGUGUGUGUAGAGACUAUAGUGACUUUGAAUACUUGGGCGAAAGUGUGGAUUGCAGUUAUACUAAACCAGUGUUAUUUUCAGUCGAAGAUGCUUUACCUAGCAUGGUGUAUAGCCUAGAUUUGUCAUCAAAUAACUUAAGUGAUAUUUCGAACUCGUAUUUAUAUCAAUCAAAAUAUAUGAAAGAAUUGAUUCUGAGUAAUAAUAAGAUUUCGCAAAUCGGAUCAAACGUUUUAAAAUUGCCGGAACUUUUGAAAUUGGAUUUGAGUAAUAAUCUAUUGGAGUUUAUUGAUAAAGAUGUUUUUAAAGACAUAAAGAAACUGGAGUAUUUAAAUAUAGCUAAUAAUAGAUUUAGAACGUUUACUAAACUAGCAUUCCAUCAUCUUAGUAAUUUAAAUCAGAUUAUCUUAGACAAUAAUAACAUAGGACCAAGUUUUAGAGAAACAAACCUAUUCGACAGAUCAGGUUUUGGACUUACACAUAAAAUCAAAGAAAUAAGUAUAAGUGGAAUCAAUUUAAACAGCGUUCCUGAUAAUUUUUUCGUAGAAGCAUAUGAUUUGAAGAAACUAACGAUAUGUAACAACAAUCUAACAGAUAUCUUCGAGAUACCGUUCACACUCGAAUAUUUAGAUAUAUCUGACAAUCCAAUUGAAGAAAUAUCGAAUGAAGACUUCGAUAUGCCAGCGCUAAAGAUUUUGAAACUAAACAAUUUGGCUAUAACAGAGGUUCCCGAUUACGUGUUCGUGGAUUUACAUGGACUGGAGAAACUUGAGCUCGAAAGGAAUAGAAAUUUGACUAAAUUUAGUAUUUUAUCCUUUGGAAGGGAAGUGUUGGAAGACGCCGAUGAUUUUACUUUAGAAGAGUUGUCUUUAUCUGGGUCUAGGAUACCUAGGUUGGAUGAGAAACUGACUGAACCGUUUGGGCGACUAGCAAAGUUAGAUCUUCAGGGGAAUCCUUGGAUAUGUGACUGCAAUAUUGUGUGGCUGAAGAAACUACAGAUAUCAGAGAGAGAUUACGACCAUUUGAGAUGUCGCUCCCCCCGUCCGCUAUACAACGCCCGCAUCUUCGAGCUGCCAGACUCUUACUUUAUCUGCACGGCUGACCGCCACUUCACCGCGUUCACCGUCGCCGCCGUCGGCUUCUGUGUGUUACUGGCCUUAAUAGCUGUGUGGUUCUUUAUAAUGGUCCCUAAAUGGCAUAGUCGGGGCACGGAGUUAGGGCACUUACAUCCUGCUGCGGGGUAUAUGGUGCUGCCGAGCGUGUAUUCUACACCACUGUAACUAAAGAUAGAUAUA